AUGCCAAAAAUUGAUACAACAAAAUGUAAGCUCCAAAGAGAAGAAAAUACACCGAGUGAGGAGAGAAGGAAAGACAGCAAAAAGAAAGAAACGCAAGCCGCGAAAACCGCUCCCCUCAACGCCGAUGCGAAUGACAUUACAGAUCAUAAUGAAAAUAAUAACGAUAAUAAUGACGAUGAUGAUAGUUAA